AUGAGCAACAUAUCGCUGAUUACUGCGGCAAUACUAUGUAUAGUAAUACAACCUGGAAAAUGCUUGACGUUGAGAGUAAGCAACUGCACGUGUAAGACGGGGGAGGAUAUUGCGCUUAGAAAAGCCGCCCGCGAACUGCCGGUGAAAACCCCUUAA